AUGUACAUGCUACUUAACUAUAUUAUUCAGAAUGAUGUCACAUCACAAUCUGCAGAUGGGAUUCAUACAGAAAAUACAACUAACCAACCAAACUAUGAUGCUAGAACUGAAGCACAAGGUAUAUUUACCAAUCUUUCUAUCUGUCUGGUCGAUGGUACAAAUCGUUUGAAUUGUGGUCCCCCAGGAAUAGCAGAAGAAGAAUGUUUGAACAGUUACUGCUGCUUUGAUACAAAAGUAUAUGGUGUACCAUGGUGUUUUCAACCCAGCAAUUACACAGAUAUGAUUUCAUCUAUAGCUACAACCACAACAGAAUCAGCUAGGAAAACAACAGACCAAACUACAGGACCAACCACUGCCAUACAUGAAACAACCACAUGUGCUCCUGAAACAACUGCUACUAAUGGAAUAGAAUAUUCAGAGAGGACAACAUUCGAAAUACCAACUACAGCUAGGAAAACAACAGACCAAACUACAGAACCAACCACUGCCAUACAUGAAACAACCACAUGUGCUCCUGAAACAACUGCUACUAAUGGAAUAGAAUAUUCAGAGAGGACAACAUUCGAAAUACCAACUACAGCUAGGAAAACAACAGACCAAACUACAGGACCAACCACUGCCAUACAUAAAACAACCACAUAUGCUCCUGAAACAACUGCUACUAAUGGAAUGGAAUAUUCAGAGAGGACAACAUUCGAAAUACCAACUACAGCUAGGAAAACAACAGACCAAACUACAGGACCAACCACUGCCAUACAUGAAACAACCACAUGUGCUCCUGAAACAACUGCUACUAAUGGAAUAGAAUAUUCAGAGAGGACAACAUUCGAAAUACCAACUACAGCUAGGAAAACAACAGACCAAACUACAGAACCAACCACUGCCAUACAUGAAACAACCACAUGUGCUCCUGAAACAACUGCUACUAAUGGAAUAGAAUAUUCAGAGAGGACAACAUUCGAAAUACCAACUACAGCUAGGAAAACAACAGACCAAACUACAGGACCAACCACUGCCAUAAGUGAAACAACCACAUAUGCUCCUGAUACCGUGGAUACUGUGGCUGAAGAUACAACCAUGGUUAACUAUAGAACCACACAAAACACAUCUAAUCCUCAAGAACAAUUUACAUGGUAUAUAAUUACCAUAGUAACUGGAGUUGUUGCAUUGCUUCUUGGAAUUCUGAUAACUCUGACUGUUAUUGCAGUUAUGCACAGGAUAACAAGAAGUAAAUCUGAAGCUGUUCCUGACAAGUCCACCAGUUCUGAUGUGGACAGUCUCAAUGCAAACAUUCACAAGGUUGACAUCCCAAAUCCAGCAUAUGGGGCACGUAGACUGGAUAUACAGGAUAAUACCAUAUAUGAGACAUUAAGGAAUUAG